AUGACUCCAGAUACCGAGAGCAGGGCCGAGAGCUCACGCGGGACGGCCUCGCCCGCAGCCUCGUCGUCGACGUCUGCGGCGCCGGCCUCGCAGAACCCGACACAUCCAAGCUUUCGGAGACAACGUGCGGCCAGAGCUUGUGAAACAUGCCACGCGAGAAAGGUCAGAUGCGACGCAGCAAGUUUAGGGGUACCAUGUACAAAUUGUGUCGCAUUCUCAAUCGAAUGCAAGAUCCCGACUCCGAAACGCAAAAAGGUCGCUGGUGUGAAAGGCCGAGAUGACGACAAUGGUUCAGAAAGACAAAGCUCAGUACAAGGUCCAUCGCCAUCGCCGAUAGAAAAUACCCAGAUGGAUUUCAAUAGAACACCGCAAACCACUGUUUCCCCAGGGCAGGACGGAACUCCAGUGGCCAAUUUCCCGGAGGCCAAGUCGGCCCAGGUAAUUACAGACUCAGCAACAAUGACACAAUUCAUGAAGCCAAAGUUCGCCCGCGCACCCAUCAAGGAAGCCGGAAGAGUCGCAUAUCUUGGCGAAUCCUCAAAUCUCAGCUUACUAGUCCAUGACAAGCAUGGCACAUCUGAUGUCGUCCACUAUCCUCUUCCUGAAAAUAUCCGUGGUAGUAGAGCUAGGUUGACAGAACUCGACACAAUUGAGAUUGACAUUCUCCAUCAGCGAGGCGCAUUCUUAUUGCCGCCGAGGGCAUUGUGUGAUGAGCUAGUAGAGGCGUACUUUAAAUGGAUCGCACCCAUAGUACCGGUAAUCAACCGCUCACGGUUCAUGCAGCGAUAUAGAGAUCCCAAGAAUCCACCAUCGUUGCUUCUUCUACAGAGUGUGUUAUUGGCGGGGAGUAGGGUGUGCCAGAAUCCGCAAUUGAUGGAUACAACGGGAAGCACCACUCCAGCGGCGAUGACAUUUUAUAAGAGAGCGAAAGCACUCUACGAUGCAAAUUAUGAGGAUGACAGAGUUACGAUUGUGCAGAGCUUAGUGCUUAUGGGGUGGUAUUGGGAGGGGCCGGAAGACGUAACGAAGAACGUAUUCUACUGGAGUCGGGUAGCUACAAUUGUUGCCCAAGGCUCGGGCAUGCACAGAAGCGUUGAACACUCGCAACUCUCGCAGGCUGACAAACGCUUGUGGAAACGCAUCUGGUGGACUCUUUUCACCCGUGACCGCAUGGUCGCCGUAGCACUAGGUCGCCCUGUGCACAUCAACACUGAUGACUCGGAUGUCGAGAUGGUUUCCGAAGAGGACUUUCUCGAUGACGAGCCUGGCUUCCCCGCCGAAUAUCCCCCAGACCCACUCCACGUACAGUUCUUCCUCCACCAUGUCAAGCUUUGUGAAAUCAUGGGCCUCGUGUUAUCCCAGCAAUACUCUGUCGCAAGUAAAGCCCGUAGACAACAUCAGAUUGACCUCGUGCAUAGCGAUCUCGCACUAGCGGAUUGGAUGCUCCAUGUACCUCCAGAGAUGCGAUAUCACGUGGAGGAUACAAGCCGGCAGAACUUCUGGGCGGCGUUGCUGCAUAGUACCUACUAUACCACGCUGUGCCUGUUGCAUAGAGCUCAUAUGCCGCCUGCGACGACAAGUACAAAUGGUGCCAGCUAUUACACAUCAAUGGAUGAAGCAUACCCGUCACGGAACAUUGCAUUCAAGGCGGCAACGGCAAUCACAUCGAUUAUUGAGAAUCUUAUUGGCCACGACGAGCUCCGUUACUGCCCGGCGUUCGUGGUCUACAGUCUCUUCUCCGCUCUCAUCAUGCACGUAUAUCAAACCCGCUCAACCAACCCUAGCGUCGUUGCCGAGUCCAAAGAACGCAUGAAGAAAUGUAUGCAGGCGCUCAAAGAAGUUUCCAAGAUCUGGAUUGUCGCCAAAAUGGUCUACACGCUCUUUGAGUCUAUCCUGGGCAACAAGCACCUCGAAGAGCGCCUGCAGAAAUCCGCAGGCAGGCGCCACCAUAACAAGAAGCAGCAGCGCAUCGCCGCAGUCACCCCCACAUCAGCUGCACCUACACCUACACCCCCGCCGCCACCGCCACAGGUCUUGACGACAGAGCCUAUGAAGCGCAAAUUCGACGAAAUGGACCUCGCCGGCAUUCCCGCCGGCCCCGUGCCUACCGUCUCCUAUGAGCGCUCACGCCCACAAACCCCUGCGCCGCCUUCACUCAUCCAGGACUCCCUCACUCCCUCGAAAGACACCUUCAUGACCGGCACUCUCGGAAUAUCCACCCGCCCCACCACCCCCUUCCAGCCACCGCUGAAUCUUCCCCCGGGCACACCGCCAGACCUGUACCUCGUCACCCGCUCCUCACCGCCCAUCUCGCAGAGCCUGUGGGAGAACUUCCAGCCGAACCAGCUGUUCCCCGACGAUUCGGGGAUCAACUAUCUUUCGCCGAGCCAGCAGAACCCGGCGCUGGAUCCGCAGCUGACGCAGCAGGGGCUGCAGCCGCAGCAGCAGUUUGUGGGCGGGUUGGGCGGGUGGCCGAAUCAUUUUGAGGAUAUUGGGCAGGGGCAGCAGGGCAGCAGUCCGGAGGAUACGUGGAGUAAUAGUAGUAAGGGCGGGAUUGUACCGACGACGUUGAAUGUGGAAGAUUGGUUUAAUUUCUUUGGGCUAAAUGGAGAACUUAAUACGCUGGAUAAUGCUGCGCCGAUGUAG